AGCAGUAUUUCAUUGUAAUUUGUAGGGUUUUUGGAGAAUCUAUAUUCAUAAUAGUAGUUACAUCUCUCUUUUCUGUUAUUGUACAAUAUUUAGUAAAACUUGUUUACGGACAUGCCGUCAGCUAUCAGAGAGCUGCUCAGUACAGAGGAUCGUAAUUAUGAGUUUAAUUACGGGGUGCGACAGGAAAAUCUGUGACCCGUCAUUUUCUGUGACCGCAGAGGGCAAUGGAACGCAGAGAGCAAGAAAGAGCGGACGGAUGAGAGAGAAAGGAAGGGGGAAAAAGAAGAGAGGCUUUACUGCAAAGUUAUAGUUCCUGCUCUGACAGUUCGCUGAAUGAUGGAUCUGUGAUUGUGACUUCACCCUGGAAUGUUCUUCUUUGAGGAAACGGUUAGCAAGGCAGAUUGUUUCUCAGACUGAACGUUUCAAUGGAUGACAAGCAGAUUUUCAGAGGGAUGAUUGGAGACAGGAAGGAAGAAUAUGACGAGAUACUGAAGUCCCGGCAUUCACAAACCGCGGCCUCAGAGUCGGACGCUGAAGCUGCGGAUAGAACGGGAUCUUUUACUGAAGUCAACAGUAUGUCAGGACACAUUUCUACUGAGGACAUGGAACUGUCUUCAGCUGAAGUCUCUGUGAUUGUAUCACCAAAUCAGACAAGAAAGGAGACUGCAGUGGAACAUGAUGAUGAUCACUUCAAGAGUGGAUCGACCACAGCUGUGUACGUCUGCAGUUCGUGUUCUGUGGAGGGACACCAGCCGAAACCUUUACAUUCCCUGCUGCCGCCCUUCACGGAAAUCCGCAAACUUCCUGAUGUGAGCCAAACACUGACCAAAACCAGAGUUCAAGACAGCCUGAAAACCUCGUCAGCUCAGACUGAGGCAGGUGGAAGUGACCUGUGUGCUGCCAUCCUGCUGGGCUGUCUCUUCUGCCGGCCCGUGGACUGUCUAACGGAGACCUUCCGAGGGUGCACCGUGUGCUUCUGCUCGCUGUGCUCGUCGUUGUUCGGCUGCCAGCCCGGCGCCCUGCGGCCUCUCCUGGAGUUCACCCGGACCUGCGGCCCGUGCGCGUGUGCCGGCGCGCGCCGCUUCCUGUGCGACUGCGCCGGCUGCGACGUCUGCCUCCCGGCCACGGAGUGCCUGGACCUCGCCAUGGAAAUCUCUCAAAUGCUCUACCACUGAUGCGCCGCGUCGAAACAGGAGACGGACACGAAUUGAAGAAAGUCGUUUAUUUGUUAAAAUGUUAACAAAAGCCAAAUUACUGAGAGGGGGACAACACGCACGUGUUUGUGUUUAACAGUCAGUUUUAACUCUCACAUAUCUACAUGUUGUAGAUAAUAGUUGCAUAUAUGCAAAAAAAAAAAAAAAA